UUUGGUGUAGUUUUACAUUCCUUAUAUAGCCCCGUGGAGAGGGGACGAGACGUCAAGCCUCACCCCCGACACAAGGCCGAAGAGUCGGAGGGUUGCACUCGUUUCCAGAACCAGCGUUCCUUGUACUUUUUCCUGGCUUUCCACCGGCUGAUUUGGCCCUUUUUGUGAGGCCAUGAACGUGUACAGCGUGACGCUCAGCGGGCCGGCGCCGUGGGGUUUCCGACUCCAGGGAGGGAAGGAUUUCAGCAUGCCUCUUACAGUGUCCAGGCUGACUCCGGGAGGAAAGGCAGCUCAGGCCGGAGUUGGAGUGGGAGACAGUGUGGUGUCCAUUGGAGACGCCAACGCUGAGGAGAUGACACACGUUGAGGCACAAAACCAGAUCAGAGCAGCAACCAACUCCCUCUCUCUGACACUCGGCAGAGCUUUCCAGUCUGGAGGUGAACAAAAGGGAUCGCUCGCUGCUGCACCCAGUCAGCCUAAGUACUCCUUCACGCCCAGCACGACCAUAAACAAGAUGGCGCGGCCCUUCUCCGCCUUCACUAAUAACCGCAGCACAGGGCCUGUCAUCAAACCGGUGGCGUACACUCCCAAGCUUAACGCCAACGCCUCUAACGCCAGCACGCCGCUGUCAGGCAGCAUGUCCCCCUCUCAGAACGGUCGAGGAGAGACGUUCUUUGAAGAUUUGUACCACGACAGCAAUCAUGGAGUGACUCUGUGCCCCAGCAAACCUGCAGCAAAGCCAGAGGGAGGUCGAGCUCCAACUCUUCAGUCUUCCACCAAGUCUGGACCUUCGAGCCGCCCACCUUGGGUGACGGACCCGAAUUUUGCCGAACGCUAUCGGCCAGACAAGACAAGCACGGUGGUGACGCAGCACAGGCAGCCGGCGCAGCCCACGCCCGAGCAAAACCGCAGCUCCAUCCUGCAGGCCGCGCAGCAGAACCCAGAGUCCGACUCCGGACGCACGCCGCUCUGCGCCGCAUGCAACAAGAUCAUCAGAGGUCGAUACGUGGUGGCUCUGGGCCGCUCCUGGCACCCGGAGGAGUUCACGUGCUGUCAGUGCCGCGGCCUGCUCGACGAAGGCGGCUUCUUUGAGGAAAAAGGCUCCGUUUAUUGCACGAAAUGCUACGAUAAUCGUUACGCCCCCAACUGUGCCAAGUGCAAGAAGAUCAUCACCGGAGAGAUCAUGCACGCCCUGAAGAUGACCUACCACGUGCAGUGCUUCGUGUGCGCCGCCUGCAAGAGGCCCAUCAGAAACCAGGCCUUCUACAUGGAAGAGGGCGAGCCUUACUGCGAGAGAGACUAUGAAAAGAUGUUUGGUACUAAAUGUCACGGCUGUGACUUUAAGAUCGAUGCCGGCGACCGCUUCCUGGAAGCUCUCGGCUACAGCUGGCACGACACGUGCUUUGUCUGUGCGCUUUGCCACGUCAACCUGGAGGGCAAGACGUUCUACUCGAAGAAGGAUAAGCCUUUGUGCAAAGGUCAUGCCUUCUCUCCGCUUUGAGGAGCUGAGGUCUAGCGUGCCAGUGGAAUCGAGGCAGGACAGACCAACGCAAGACGCGGAGUGAAUCCCAUGGCAUGGGUUAUGACGGCUCAAAAUUUCUGUGUAGAAACGGACUGAAGUUUUGGAAUUCUGAUUUAUGUGUCGAUAAACACACACACAAACCAAACACCCCACCCACCCACCCUCUUCUUUUCUUUUUUUUUUUUUAUAUCUGGUAUCAUCUGACUGCUGAGAGAAAAGCACUCGGUGCGUUUCAAUGGUCUUGAUCUUGUCGUUAAAUAUACAGUAUGAAACCACGCCCGUGGGUUUUCUCUCGAUAGACACGAUUAGACCAGUCGUGAGCUGUGUAACCAGGAAACGUCAGCCGUUCUCGCCUUCACCAUCCCCGCCAGCACAGGUUAACAAUUCAUCCCUGUCGGUGUUUAUGAGACAGGCCACUUUUUCCACACAGGUAAUGAUUUAUCUUGAGAUGAGCAGGAUCCUUUUUGGUAUUAAAUAAGUACUGGAUAUAGAUGCAAAUGACGGGCCUUGAUAAUGCUCAUUAAGAAUAGCUCAAUCUGUCUUGUGUGUCUCCUAGCGCUCGCCUUUGCUUAAACGCGCAUGCCUACCACACUUGACAGUUUUUCCUCUCUCACAUUACUUCGGUUGAGAACUUUUUUGCAACAGUCACUCGAGAGUGAUUCGUCACACAAUAUCGAAGUCGCAGAUUAACUGCACAACUACCUGGUCAAAUUAAAUCUGGAAUGCGUUUAUCGUCGAAAUAGAAACCCUGGCUCGAGGUGUUGAGUCAUCCUAACGCGACAUCAGUGUAGCCCUGCACGUCCCCAGACAACCCGCAGUCCCCUGUGCCCAUGUGCCGCGGUACUUAAAGUAAUGACAAACCCACCGAGGAAGAAAAAUGAGCCUCUGGCAGCCGAACAGCACUGCAUUAGCGCUGAUUGCGAGAGGUUCAUAUUGACCCGAGCGACGGUCUUUACGUGCCUCCCAUACCGAGCGUGGCACGACUGUCUGUUGGAAUCCGACAGGUACCUCUAAUUAACAAAAAGCUUGGGGCCUGCGUGAGCCAAGCUCGUUUUCUGAGCAUGAAUUUGCGUCGUCUUUUUUUUUUUUUUUUUUUCUUCCCCCUCCUUUCAGCCAAAAGCCUCCUUCUGAUCAAAGACACGAUAUUGCCUCCGUCAAAGAGCAUUUGGUGCAAUGAUGAUCAUAAGAAUUUAGCCAUUUCUCGCUAUCUUUUAACAUCAGCAUCUCUCUGUGAAGCCAGAUCUUGAGACUGUAUCUUCCAUGACCGUUUUAGCGGACAGGCGAGUCCUGAGUGCCGUCGUCGUGGCGCUCCGUCUCGGUCCUCACGGCUUCUCCUCAGUUCCACCACCUGAUUCGACUAAUUACAAGGUCGUUACAGGAAAUCUGCAUCUUUUUUUUUUUUGUCCCCGAACUUGAUGUCCAGCCACCUCGUUUUUGUCAUGUAUGUGUGAUGAUGAAAAAUGAGAAUUUCAACACGCAGAGAAAGAUGAAAUCGGCAAGAAUUACAACCGUCCCACGCAAAGAAGAUGAAUAUCUUCACAGCCAUUUUUGUCAGCCAGGAUCGAAGGAAUCGCUCACCUUCAGUCCUUUUUGUGACAGCAUAUCGAUAUCUGCCUACUGGGUGGCUCCUUAAUGAACAUGACCUGAAUAGAACGAUAGCCCAGGCAAGGUGAGAAAGUAAAUCCGAAUUCAUUGAAGACGCGAUGGCGGAUAUAUAUAUAUUUUAGACCGAAAGAUUAUUUGGCUAACGUCUGAUAUUUGUAUUUUGGCCGUCUUGCCGGAAUUUGCCGACGUCUGAUUGGGUUUCCGAGACCGUUACACACCAACCUGCACAAAGAAAAUUGUCCGUAUCGACAGUUUAUUAAAUGAAAGUCUCAUUCCGUUGUAAAUGAAUUCGGAAAUGUCAUUGUUUGAAAUAUGACAAUUGCAUUACGUUAGGUGUAAAUGAGGGAUAAAAAGCGUUCGUCUAACGAUCGAGACUUUGACUUCACACCACAGCCAUCUUUAGACCGGAGCCAAGGGAGGAAAACGAAAUUUUGGGAGGACCGUACUGUCAAAAACCAGUGUCUCAUAUCUAUAAGCUCACGUAUGCGGAAGAGGGCGGAUAGCCAUCCUGUGAUGCAGCGUGAGCGGCUUCAGAGUCUCGCACGAAGCACCUAUUGGCCUUCACCCUCUCGAGUCAGUAUCUAUCGUACAAGUGCGAGAGCUGGCUGGCUGGCUGGACAACCCAAAAUUAGUCACGGUUUUUAUCUCUGCAUGCAGACUCCAGUGAUAAAGAAAAAAUGCGUGCAAUUUUUUUUUUUUUUUUUUUGAAAGAUUGGAAGAAAGACUCCACCCUGAAACACAUCGUUCAGACUGCAGUCAUUGUGACAUGGUCAUGAUGUUGGCGCCGAAUUUUCAUUCGUCCCAUGACACCGUGAUUGAUUGUUUUUACAGCGGGAAAAACUUUGCCGCGACGUUAAAUAUCAUAUUAACGUCGGUGUUCCAGAACGCGUUCCAGCCAAAUCAGGGUCAUGUCCGAAAUCUGCACAUUGUUCAGGGUGGAUUUUUCUUCCCUUUUUCUGGUCACGCUUGAUCAUCGUCAAGCCCUAACUCAGAUUUUUGUGUGCAUCCAGAUCUUUAUCCCAUCACAGGCAGUCGAAGACCCUCAGCGACGUUCUCGUCUCUUGAUGAGAACCGUCAUCGUGCUAGCAGAGUCUGUUAUCGAACACGCUUCCGAAUCGGCUCAUUCCGAGCUUACACGUGUGUAAGGAAGAGAUGUGUGGAUUCAGUGCUGCAGCUGCUGCUGCUUUAUCAGGCCGGCUGGACUCCACAGCUGGACAAAUUCUUAAAAUUCUAUCAGGUUUAGUAUUAAUUAAUUUUCAAAGCCCUGUUAUCUUCCUCCUGCGCUCCAGCUGUCGUUCUUUUGAGAUCAUUGUUUACAUGUAUGGAUCAGAUAAAGGUCAGAUUAAAAGCAGAACUUCUCCUUGA